AUUGUCAUUGGUGAUAAAGCGCCGGUCAAGUGCGGAGCGUCGAGACGUUGCCUAGUGUUUUUCUAUUGGUUCGUUUGUACAUGUGACCGAAAAUCGUGCUGACGGCGCUAAUGCGAGUCCGCGCGUGCCAUCAAAAAUGAAAAAUGCCGGGAAUCAUCUUCGGAUACACCGUCGCCCUUCUGGUGCUGAAUUUAGCCCCAAGAGCCGCUUUCAGCCCGAUAAUCGAGUACGAUAAGGGCCUACGCUACGAGGAAUACAUUGUCGAGCACGAAAUAUCGGCCGGGCAAGCGAAAAAUGCCGCCCUAAGCAUCGAUCUGAACUCCGUUGCACAACCUGCCGGGUGUCAAAAGUGUUCCAAAGCGGAAAUACAGUACUGCCUGGGAAUCGACCUCAUCAAUGAUCACUGCUGCUGUGACCGAAGAUACCAUGAGGUAUUGCCUUAUAUCCCCCACACCUGCUACUUGGGCACCCAAGUCUGCAAGCCCGUCAUCGGUGACUGCACCGAGUACAGCCGCCUACGAAGCUGUUGUUGUGAUAAGCACGCCCUUCAGAAAUGGAAGAAAAAGUCUGCAGGGGUUCGUUCACACGUCAACAAAGGGACAAUAGUGUUGGCGUUGAUGAUGGUGCAUUUUGUGUACAUAUUGUAAAUGACUUCUAAUUACCAAAGCAAUAACAUUAUUGAUGCACAGUAUUAUAAUAAAUUUCUUGUUACGCAA